UUUUUCUGUCUUGCUGGGCUGAAAGCUGAUUGCUUUUUUUUUUCCAGGUUGAAUCCACACCCAAAGUAUGUGGCGCACAGAGAACGUCUAACGCCCCAAAAUGCACCGGAGAUCUUCAAAGACUACGAUGUCAUCCUUGACUGCACAGAUAACCCUGCCACCCGCUACCUGAUCUCGGAUACUGCGGUACUUCUUCGGAAGCCACUAGUUUCUGCGUCCGCACUGAGAACAGACGGUCAGCUUAUGGUGUUGAAUAACCCACCAAAACCACCUGGUGAUACAACUGGUGGUCCUUGUUACCGAUGUGUUUUUCCUAAGCCGCCACCUGCCGACAGUGUCGUAAGCUGCGCGGACGGUGGGAUAUUAGGCCCUGUUGUUGGCAUUAUGGGGGUGUUACAAGCGCUGGAAACGAUCAAAGUAAUCACUAUGACUGCUGGAGAUUCCAACCCUUCGGACGCCUCAGCAGACCGUCCGUCUCUUCAUAUUUUCUCAGCCUAUUCCACGUCCCCAUUUCGCACUAUCCGUCUCCGUCCGCGGCGGGCAAACUGCGCCGUCUGCUCCGCCCAAGCCACCGUCACACUCGAUUCUCUCCGCUCUGGAUCGACAGAUUACAUUCAGUUCUGUGGGUCUGCCAACCCCCCACAACUUCUCUCCCCAGACGAGCGCAUAUCGCCAGCGGAGUAUCAACCAUUACACUAUGGUUCCAAACUUCCAUCAGAGCAUGACCUACCCUAUACACUGAUCGACGUGCGCGAUAAAGUCCAGUUCGACAUCUGCAAUCUCGAAAACAGCAUCAACAUCCCCAUCUCGACGAUCCUGAACGAGACGAAGAAGCGAGACGACGCAUCGAACGAAGAGUGGCCCUCCUGGCUCCCUCCCGACGUGACAUCUGCAGAAAACUCCAAGAAACCAAUCUACGUGGUCUGUCGGCUAGGAAAUGACUCGCAGCUUGCGGUGCGCAAGCUCAAGGAGCUGGGUCUGGACCGUAACGGAGAAAGGUUCAUCGGCGACAUUCGUGGAGGAUUGAAGGCGUGGAAAGAGGAAGUUGAUCCGGAUUGGCCGGAGUACUGA